AUUACAAUGGUGCAUCCGUCUAUGUUCAACACUAGGAUAAACCUAGAACAGUUUAAAGCCACAGUCUGCUGUGAUUGUAUGUGUGGACCUAAGCCAGAAACUCGAGAACUGUGCAAGAAGUUAGUCGAGUAUAUAAGAAUAUGCAACAAUUGGGGCUACGGUGAAUUACAGUUUGAUCUCCAAUCAAGAGCAGAUUUGGCAUUGUUUGUGACUAUAGAAUCUGAACUGUUUCAAAAAAUGUUUUCGUAUCUUGGAUAUCUUGACAUGAGCCCUUUGAUACGUUUGAUCAUAGAUCAUGGUGGGACUAGAUCAGUUGUAACCCUUGCCCUAUCUGGGUUACUGCCAUUCUAUGAAAACAAUGUUUCCAGUCUCAAGAUUGUUGUACAAUCGUUGACUGAAAUUUUGACGAAGUUUCUCCACUUUGAAAAGAUUCAUAGUCCUGUCUCCAAUAACGUCUUUUCAGCCUUACCGAAAAUACUACAAGGUGUUAAGACUCAUUGGCAUGAUGAAACACUUGUAAAAGAUACUGUUAAUUUAGUACAUCUUCUAGUUGAUAACUCCUGUGAUGAAGAGAUAAUAAUAGUUGUGGAGCAAGGUGUCAUGAAGCUGUUGUCAGUUAUCGUGAGUCUUCAUUACAAUGCUCACUCUAACAAUCGUGAAAAGCGAGGAAGAGAGGCACUUUUGCACAGAUUAGUUGAGACAUUGGCCACAAUUGGUUCUUCUGAACAAGAAAUUCCAUCUAUUAAGCGGAAAUUAGUUCCCGCUGUAAAGCCACUUCUGCCCUUCAUAUUUGAGUAUAUCAACACGGUUUGCUCUGAUUUAAAGAAAGCCAGAGACGUUCUAGAGUCAAAUGAACGCAGAAAAGUAGUGGAGUCGAUAAAUAUGGUAAUUUAUGCAACAUUGUUUCCAGAUGUAAAGAUCGAGGACUUCUUAACGGUUAUUAAAAGCAACUUUGUUCUAAAUCUCAUAAAACUCAAGGAAAAAGUUAUGGAGUUUGACCAUGUUCAUCUCUUUUUCAGUAUGUUUGUUGAGAAAUUGAUGGGCAGCUAUCUUACUAUUUCGAUGGAAGAAAGAAGCGAAAUGCUGCCAACAUUAUUGGCUGUCAUUGAAAGUCCAGGAAUUCGCAGUAAUGGUAGACAUAUGGCAGAAAGAUUUCCUCCUCAUUGUUUGGGCCACAAAAAGGUCAAUGAGAUGAAUACGGCUGAAGUAUGCAUUUUAUUCAUAUUCUAUUACAGCAAGGAAGAAUUUGUUCCAUUCAGUGACAACUACAAAAGUUUGUUGGACAAGCAUGACUUAUUCAACAUUAUCAAAGACUUUGCCUUCGCAAAUUCACAAUCAUACAGCUGUGUGGAUACUGUGGUCAUUGCUUUGGGAUCGUCUCUCAACAAACAUAAUAUGGCAGAUAAAGUGGUGACUCCAGUCAGGGAGAUGGUGCCAUUCUUACUGCAGUACUUGAAGAAUCUGAAAGGCUUGAAGAAAAGUACAAUGCCUGAUAGAUACAACCUUAUCUUAUCAAUCCUUGAAUUUUACUGCUUUGUGUAUGUCUAUAGCACAAAAAACGAAAUCGAGCUGAUUGAAUCAAUCAACGGUCUUUUUACGGAGUUGCUUACCUUCUUGCGUAGUAAUCAGUGUGCAAAGGAUUGUCUUCUUUCUAGACGUGCGUGUGAAAUACUUUACCAAUACUUAACCAGAAAUGGUAGCAAGACACAUGCAGCAACAGUUUUAGAGGCUAUUCCUGUUGUUAAGAGAUACAUCAAAAGAGCCCUCAAAGAGGAAAAUCCUGCCUUUUUAGCUGCUGGAGCACAACUUGUUCUUGCUGCUGUACCCUCUGAAAUAGAAGACCCUGAAAUGAACCAGACUGUUGGGGACAUUAUCAUUGAUGUUCUGGAGAGGUAUAAGUUCUCGCUUGACCAACCCAUUAACGUUAUUCGUGCACUAUGGGAGAUAGUGAGAAGUAAUGGUCACGUGGCCCUGACACGAUACAUCAGCCAUAUUGCUGCUCACAAUGACUUUGAUUGGGUAGCAAGUCAAAAUUCUGAAACCAUGUGCGACAAAUCGGUUGUAUUCAACUACUUGGCUGAAAAGAUAACAACCAUUUUGGAUUCAGGAGAAAUAGUGGAUAACUUCUAUUUGGAAGUUCUGACAAAGGAUUUGGUUUCUGUUGCUGAGAAGAGCAUUUCUGAUGAGGAAAUGUACGCACUAGAAGACUUGGUAUCACCACUAAUGUGGCUGCUUAAUGAUGUCGAUGGAAAUGAGGUCGUCAUCAGAAAUGUCAAGAAGUACAUUAGCAUUUUACAUUGAAAAGUUCAACGAAACUAUAGAAUUUACUUUUCUUCCUAGAUUUUUAUUUGGAAUACAUGAAUUUGUAAGUUAUUUAAAUGAUCCACCAUUUGGAUGUUUUAGAAUUACCAUAAUUGGCAUUGUUUUUAUCUAUUAGUGCCCCUUCCCACUUUUUGCCCCUUCUCAUUUCAAUAAGUGGGUUUAAUAUAAUGACAUUUUUUGUUUGAUUUAACUUUUUACUCAGUAAAAAGUUGUUAUGUUUUCAAAUCUAACCACGUUAAAAAGUUUUUAACGUACAAGUUAUAUUUUCACAUAGUUUUUAAUCAAUUGUUUUAAAUUUCAUUUUCACAAAUUUAACCUUAACUUAUUUUAACCAAGUUUUAACAAAUUAAAUUAUAAAAAAUUAUUUUUACUAACUAUUAUGUCAUCAAUUUUAUUAUCAAUUUAUCCAAUACAAAAUUUUUCAUUGCGUUUCUGCAC